AUGAUCCGCUUCAUCCUCGUCCAGAACCGGCAGGGCAAGACGCGGCUGUCGAAAUGGUAUGUGCCAUAUGACGACGACGAGAAGGUGCGCUUCGACGACACGGUCAGCGACAGGCACGGACUAAUGCAGAGCGGGAAUGGGUGUGCAGAAGUACCAGAGCAACUUUGUCGAGGUGCGUGCCUGUGCCAACUUUAUUUUCUUCUUCCCCCGCAUUUCCACCUCCCCGCCGUCCCUCAGCUUGCCUUUUUUCCAUACCUCGCCUGCCUCUGCUCACGGCUCAUGGCUCACCGCCACCAGUUCCGGAACUACAAGAUCGUGUACCGGCGGUACGCGGGGCUCUUCUUUUGCGUCUGCGUCGACGCGAACGACAACGAGCUCGCCCACCUCGAGGCGAUCCGCUUCUUUGUCGAGGUCCUCGACACGUUCUUCGACAACGUGUGCGAGCUGGAUCUCGUUUUCAAUUUCUACAAGGUGUAUGCGAUACUGGACGAGGUGUUCCUCGUGGGGGAGAUCGAGGAGACGAGCAAGGACGUCGUGUUGGCGCGGCUGGAGGCGCUGGAGAAGCUCGAGUAG